UUAUUUGGAACAGAAUAGUUCACAGCUUCUGCAGUGAACGGCAGUAGUGAAUGACACAAUAGUUAUUUAUUAGACAAGGAGAAAAAAAAUGAAAUAUGGCUUCAAGUUUCAGAGAACAGGAAGAACAACAGUCUGUUUUUGAGGAUCAAUUAGAAAGUAAAAUUACUUUAGCCCCUCCCAGAGGCUGAUCAAUGAGGUUUAGCUGUCAUUACCAUCACAUCCACAAGAAGGCAACACUGCAAACAAGAUUUUUUAAUACGUCCUGAAGUUACCCAGAGGAGCAUUUUACCUUACUGUGGCAGCUAGUGUCGGUAUAGAGGAAAGAAGAUGGAGACAGCUAUUGCUCUACUGUUGACAGUGGUUCUCGGGUUGGUUAUCAAGUUGGUUUUGUUUCAGUCCAGAAACUGUAGUGAACCACCUUGUAUCCAUGGCUGGAUCCCUUGGAUAGGAGCUGCCUUCCAGUUUGGGAAAGCUCCCCUGGAGUUUAUAGAACACGCCAGGCUUAAGUAUGGACCAGUAUUCACAGUGUAUGUGCUUGGAAAACGAUACACAUUUGUUACUGAAGAAGAAGGUUUGGAAGCAUUUUGUACAUCUAAAAAUGUAGAUUUUGAGCGAGCAGUACAGCAGUCUGUCCAGCAUGCAGUUUCAGUUCCUGAAGAUAUCUUUUACAAGAACAGGAGUAGGCAUUAUAUCAUCAUAAAGGGAAGACUGGGUACAUCCAAUCUACAUCAUUUGUCUGGUAGUCUCUGUCAGGAAUUUCAAAAACAAAUUGAGGAUUUGGGUCCUGAGGGAAUGGUGGAGCUCAGAGAUCUUGUAAGGCAUAUCAUGUUCCCAGCAACGGUGAACAUCCUGUUUGGAAAAGACAUAUUUCUGACAACCAGGGAUAAAAUCAAGGAGUUUGAAGAGUACUAUCAGACGUUUGAUGAGGGUUUUGAAUAUGCUACCCAGCUUCCUGAAUAUUUUCUGAAAAAGUGGUCUAAAUCCAAAAAGUGGCUCUUAAAAAGUUUUGAAAAGGUUGUGCUGCAUGCAGAGAAAAAUAAUCCUUCAGAUGGCUGUUCUAAGACACUGCUGCAACAUCUUCUAGACAAUUUGCAAGGAAAACACUUCAGUGCUGCUUAUGGCCUCUUGCUCCUUUGGGCAUCUCAAGCUAAUGCAAUUCCUAUUUCAUUCUGGACACUUGCAUUUAUUCUCUCUCACUCCUCUAUUUACGAAAAGGUCAUGACAGAACUAGAACUGGUUUAUAGCAAAUCAGGUAAAGAAAAAGUCCAAAUAACUAAAGAUGAACUUAAAAAGUUCCCAUUUACAAAGUGGUGUAUUUUGGAAACUCUACGAUUAAGGGCACCAGGUGCCAUCAUCAAGAAAGUGAUGAAUCCAAUAAAAGUUCAAAAUUUUGUUAUCCCUGCCGGCGACCUGCUGACCUCGUCACCAUAUUGGAUUCAUAGGAACCCAAAAUAUUUUCCUGAACCUGACAUUUUUAAACCAGAUCGUUGGAAAGAAGUAAAUUUAGAGAAAAAUGAGUUCUUGAAAGGCUUCGUGGCAUUUGGAGGAGGGUCACACCAGUGUCCAGGAAGGUGGUUUGCUCUCAUGGAGAUUCAUAUUCUAGUUCUUAUGCUCCUUUACAAAUAUGAAUUUAGUCUUUUGGAUCCACUACCAAAGGAGAGCUUUCUCCACUUAGUGGGGACGCAACAGCCUGAGGGACCAUGCAGAAUUCAAUAUAAACGGAGAGUAUGGAAAUGAUCAUAAGGUGAUCAUUUUUCUGAUCAACGACUUACCAAUUCCUUACCAACAACUGCGAAAUCAAGAGGCCAUUGAUCUGCUGCACACCAAUGUGUCAUGUGUUCUCAAACAGUUAUCACAUUUGGAAAUCAGAGGUUUAAAUACACCACACAAACCACUUAUGUUUAUAUCAUGCCAAUCCCUUCCAAUUUGGGGGUUGGCUGACCAGAAAACUGCCAAGUUUUUUUUAAUGUAUCCAUAGUUUAUCUGCUCAACUCUUUUUCUGCAUUAAGUAAGCCAGUUAUUUAGAUAACUACCCCCUCUUCACCAACCGAGCCAGUUAAUUGAGGGCUAGCAACAUCUCUGAACUAAACAAAGGUGCUAGGGAGGCUUCUUUUUAAUAUAGGUUGACUAGCUGUGGUUCUGCAGCAGCAUGAAUGCUGACAAAGUUAGAGGGUGCUAAAUACUGCCAAAAACUGGAUAGAAACACGAUUCCUACUUUGUACAGAGGGAAUUUGCUUUGUUAGGUGCAAGGUACUAGUAAAUUAGACCAUAACUUCAUUGAGCUGAAUGGGUGAAUGACUUGGGUAUGGCAAUUUAGAAAGAAUAAAUGCAAAUAUAUAAUGAACUGUUCAGUGUUUUAAACUAAACAAUAUAUCUGGUGUCAGCAUCACAUAUAACCUGACCCCAAUUCUGGAUUGUGCCCAUAAUAAUGAAUGGAUGAAAUACAAAAUCUUUGUUUUUCACAAUCAGAAUUUAGACUCCAAGCUCAAUCGGUUUCUGUAGAGCUUCAGACUGAAUUAUGUUCUUUUCUGAAGUGCCACACCAGGGUUCUAACCAAAUCUUGUCAUUGGUGUACAUCCCUAGAAUAUGGAGUUUGGAAAAUUGAAGGCAUUCGUCAGACCUAAACAUUCCUAAUCUAUUAUUCAAUUCUGCUUUUACAAGACAAAUGUUCAUCUGCUAUCAGAUUAGUAACAGCGACUGGUUGAUGAUAAAAUGUUUUUAAAGUAUUAA